AUGGCGUUAAGUAUCGACUGCAGAUCUCACACGGUGCAACGCCUCCCCGACAUGCCUGUGCCAAUGUCUGGUACGGUCGCUGACGUUAUCGAUGGUAGAAUCUACAUAAUUGGAGAUGGCGGUAAUUAUGUCUUGGAGAAGGUGAUGGUGGUGUUCGAUACAAAAUCACAAAAGUGGGAGUCUAGGGUUAUAAAGCCAGGCGUUGAGCUAGGUGACACGUGGUCGUAUGGUUGUGUGGUGAUGGCCGAUAAGCUGUACACGAGGGAUGAUCAUAAUAGCUUUGUUUACGAGCCAAAGGAAUGUAAAUGGGAAACAGACGAGAUGCUGAAUUUUCAGAAGUGGAGGGAUGCAUGUGUUGUUGAUGACGUAUUGUACUCCCUAAAUCCGGAUGAGAACUACAAGUUAAGAGCGUAUGAUCCAGCCCAAAAGUGUUGGAGAGUGGUGAAAGGUUUGGAAAAGUUGUUGUCUAAGUUUUUAGGCUGGCCAUACACUGUGAGUUACGGUGGGAAACUGGCUUUAUUUUUCCAAGUUGGAGGAAGAACAACUGAGAUUUGUGUGCGGAGAUUUCGCUGGAAACACAUCAAGGAGGAGAGAUUUGGGGAACUCUUCUUCAUAUAA